AGUUACGUUUUUGCGUAGCGGAGGCCCAGGUGAAGGAAGUGGUCGCACCGAAAAGCGGCGACAAACACGGGCUUCAGUGAAUGGCACCGAGGAAAUCCACCGAUGUAUUCACCCCCCUCCACGUACGAAGAUCAGACCAACAGCAAACAUAAGAGCUGCUGAAGCCAUUCACUAUUUGCACCACAUAUGAUUUGUUAUCGGAGGUUUCACCCCAGUCAAAUGUCGUUGUGCGUCAGACUUUGGUAAAGAGACAUUAAUCAUGGAGUGCAGAUUCUGCGUUCUCUGCUCUCCCAGGAAGCCUCUGUCAUAUUCUUGAACUUCUCCAAAGAGGUGCACGAUGAAAUGAGAUAGAGUGGCCGAUUGGAGGAGCCGCACCUCACCUCCAGAGUUUGAUCAUGGCAGGCCUACAGCUGGUCACCCCCGCCUCCUCACCCAUGGGGCCGUUCUUUGGGUUGCCAUGGCAGCAGGAGGCUAUCCACGAUAACAUCUACACACCAAGGAAAUAUCAGGUAGAACUUCUUGAAGCAGCUCUUGAACAUAAUACUAUCGUCUGCUUGAAUUCUGGCUCAGGGAAGACGUUUAUUGCAGUACUUUUAACAAAGGAGCUCUCCCACCAAAUCCGUGGACACUAUGAUGAAAAUGCAAAGAGGACCGUUUUUCUUGUGAACUCAGCCGCAUCUGUGAUUCACCAGGCAGCGGCGGUCCGGACGCACUCUGACCUCCAGGUGGGAGAGUACAUCGACGUGGAGCAGACCUCAGAGUGGAGCAAUGAGCGAUGGAGACAGGAGAUCAGAGAGAAUCAGGUGCUGGUGAUGACAUGUCACAUAUUCCUGUACAUCCUAAAAAACAAAAUAUUACCGCUAUCGAAAAUCAACUUGGUCGUAUUUGAUGACUGCCACCUGGCCGUCACAGAGCACCCAUACUGUGAGGUGAUGAAGCUUUUUGAAGGCUGUGGAAGCCCUCGUGUCCUGGGUCUCACAGCCUCGAUUCUCAACGGGAAGUGCGACCCGCUGGAGCUCGAACACAAAAUACAGAAUUUGGAGCAAAUCCUCAAAAGCAACGCUGAAACUGCCACAGACCUUGUCGUCUUGGACCGAUACGCCUCUCAGCCCAGAGAAGUGGUGCUGGACUGCGGCCCGUACGUGGACAGGAGCGGCCUGUCGUCGCGUCUGCAGAAGGAGCUCAACGAAGCGCUGCAUUUUCUCAACGACUGCAACAUCGCCGUGUCCAGAGAAGACCGCGACCCCACCUUCAUCUCUAAACAGGUGUUGGGCGACUGCCAGGCCGUGCUGCAGGUGCUGGGGCCCUGGUGCGCAGACAAAGCCGCUGGAAUUAUGGUCCGUGAACUCCAAAAGUACAUCAAACACGAACAGGAGGAGCUCACCAGAAAAUUCCUCCUCUUCACGGACACCAUCCUCCGGAAAAUCCACGCUUUGUGUGAGGAACACUUCUCCCCGGCCUCGUUGGACCUGAAGUUUGUCACACCAAAAGUACUGAGGCUGCUGGAGAUUCUGCACGAGUACAAGCCCUUUGAGAGACAGCAGUUUGAGAGCGUGGAGUGGUACAAUAAUCGUAACCAGGAUAAUUACGUGUCCUGGAGCGACUCGGAGGACGAAGACGAGGAUGAGGAGGUGGAGGCCAAAGAGCGGCCGGAGGCGAACUUCCCGUCGCCGUUCACCAACAUCCUGUGUGGGAUCAUCUUUGUGGAGAGGAGGUACACAGCUGUGGUCCUGAACCGUCUCAUCAAAGAGGCAGGGAAACAGGACCCAGAGCUCGCCUACAUCAGCAGCAACUUCAUCACAGGACACAGCAUCGGGAAGAACCAGCCACGCAACAAACAGAUGGAGGUGGAGUUCAGGAAGCAAGAAGAGGUUCUCAGAAAGUUCAGAGCUCAUGAGACAAACUUACUGAUCGCCACCAGCAUAGUGGAGGAGGGCGUGGACAUCCCCAAGUGUAACCUGGUGGUGCGGUUCGACCUGCCCACGGAGUACAGGUCCUACGUCCAGUCCAAAGGACGAGCCCGAGCCCCUGUGUCCAAUUACAUCAUGUUGGCCGACAGCGAGAGAACCAAGGCUUUUGAGGAGGAUCUCACCACGUACAAGGCCAUAGAGAAGAUCUUAAGAAACAAAUGCUCUAAGUCAGUGGAGGUUGGAGAGUUUGAAGUGGAACAGAUUUUGGACGAUGACAACAUCCUCCCUCCGUACGUGCUGCGGACUGAAGACGGAGGGCCCAGAGUCACUAUAAACACAGCCAUCGGGCACAUCAACAGAUAUUGUGCGAGGCUGCCCAGUGACCCAUUUACACACCUGGCUCCCAAAUGUAAAACUGUAGAAACAAAGGAUGGACGCUUCCAGUCGACUUUGUUUUUACCCAUAAACUCCCCUCUACGAGCUCCAGUGAAGGGCCCAGUGAUGAACUGUGCCAGACUGGCAGAGAAAGCUGUUGCACUGAUGUGUUGUGAGAAGCUUCAUAAAAUCGGGGAGCUGGAUGAUCACUUGAUGCCUGUCGGAAAAGAGACGGUGAAGUACGAAGAGGAGCUGGACCUUCAUGACGAAGAGGAGACCAGUGUCCCAGGACGACCCGGCUCCACCAAGAGGAGGCAGUGUUACCCUAAAGCCAUACCAGUGUGUUUGAGAGACAGUUAUGCUAUGCCAGGACAGACCUAUUACCUGUAUGUGAUCGGGAUGGUCCUCACGACGCCUUUACCCGAUGAGUUGAACUUCAGGAGGAGGAAACUGUACCCCCCAGAGGACACCACCAGAUGCUUCGGGAUCCUCACCGCCAAACCUAUACCUCGAAUCCCUCAUUUCCCCGUGUACACUCGCUCUGGAGAGGUGACCAUCUCCAUCGAGCUGCAGAAGUCCGGCUUCUCUCUGACCCCGGGGCAGCUGGACCUGAUCACGCGGCUCCAUCAGUACAUCUUCUCCCACAUCCUGCGUCUGGAGAAACCCGCUCUGGAGUUCAAACCUGUCCUGGCCGACUCCGCUUACUGCGUUCUACCUCUGAAUGUCGUCGGUGAGUCCAAUACUCUGGACAUGGACUUUAAGUUCAUGGAGGACAUAGAAAAGUCUGAGGCGCGUACUGGCAUUCCCACCACGCAGUACACCAAGCAGAACCCCUUCACCUUCAAACUGGAGGACUACCAGGACGCCGUCAUCAUUCCAAGGUAUCGUAACUUCGACCAGCCGCACCGCUUCUACGUGGCUGAUGUGUACACAGACCUGACGCCCCUCAGUAAGUUCCCCUCCCCCGAGUAUGAGACGUUUGCAGAGUACUACAAAACCAAGUACAACCUGGACCUAUCCAACCUCAACCAACCACUGCUGGACGUCGACCACACGUCCUCCAGACUAAACUUGUUAACCCCUCGACACCUGAACCAAAAAGGUAAAGCUCUGCCUCUGAGCAGUGCAGAGAAGAGAAAGGCCAAAUGGGAGAGUCUGCAGAACAAACAGAUUUUGGUCCCGGAGCUCUGUGCCAUCCACCCCAUCCCCGCGUCCCUGUGGAGGAAGGCGGUGUGUCUGCCCAGUAUCCUGUACCGCCUCCACUGCCUCCUGAUCGCAGAGGAGCUGCGCUCUCAGACGGCCACUGAAGCUGGGGUGGGCUCCCAGACUCUGCCCCCAGACUUCAGAUAUCCAAACCUCGACUUUGGCUGGAAAAGAUCCAUCGACAGUAAGACUUACAUCUCCUGUUCUGAGUCGUGUGAGGGAGAGGACGACGGUCACUGUAAUCACCAAGUAACUGAAACCUCCGACCCUCCGAUGAACUCUGACCCUGACGAACCCUGCACCAGGAACCUAACAAACGGCACUGCCACAGUCACCCCGUGUGACAAAGGCCACCCACAAGAGCACCUUCACCCAUAUGACAAUUGCCAAUGCUCCCAGCCCAGCGCCGCUGAGCGGGCCAGCCCUGAAUCAAUACAAGUCACUACCUCAGUUCCUGUGCAGCCCGCUCCUCGCUCCUGUCCUGAAGAUGAUUGUACCCGGAGGACCUCAGAUCUCCCAGAUAAAGCUACCUCAGUCUGCCCCCGGGCACCCACAGCACCUUGUCCUGCUCCGGCAGGAGACUCUCCCAAAAGCCUGGGGCCCAACCCGGGGCUCAUCCUGCAGGCCCUCACCCUGUCCAACGCCAGCGACGGCUUCAACCUGGAGCGGCUGGAGAUGCUCGGAGACUCUUUUCUGAAGCACGCCAUCACCACGUACCUGUUCUGCACCUACCCCGACGCUCACGAGGGGCGCCUCAGCUACAUGCGCAGCAAGAAGGUGAGCAACUGUAACCUGUACCGCCUGGGGAAGAAGAAGGGCCUGCCCAGCCGGAUGGUGGUGUCCAUCUUUGACCCCCCUGUGAACUGGCUGCCCCCUGGAUAUGUGGUCAACCAGGACAAGAGCAGCACCGACAAACUGAAUUCAGACGAGCCCAAAGAGGAGGUCCUGUCCAACGGUCAGCCCGGGAUGGACUCUGACGACGAUGAGGAGGAAGAAGAGGAGGAGCUGCUGAUGAAGGACGAGCCAAAAGACGAAGUCAACAUGGAGGACGAGCUCGAGUACUACAAGGAGCACAUCAGGUUUAUCGACAACAUGCUUUUAGGCUCCGGCGCCUUUGGCAAAAAGAUCUCCCUGAGCAACUUCACCCCCACCCCGCCUCCAGGCCCCAGCCCCGACUCCCCGUACGAGUGGAAGACCCCCAAGAAACCCCCUCCCCACAGCUCCGCGCACUACCAGCCUGAGCCGACCCACAGCGGCCCGUCCGAGGAAUUCGACUACAGCUCCUGGGACGCCAUGUGCUACCUGGACCCCAGUAAAGCGGGAGAGGAGGACGACUUCGUGGUGGGCUUUUGGAAUCCUUCAGAGGAGAACUGCGGAGCGGAGCUGGGGAAGCAGUCCAUCUCGUACGACCUGCACACGGAGCAGUGCAUCGCGGAUAAGAGCAUAGCGGACUGUGUGGAGGCGUUGCUCGGGUGCUACCUGACCAGCUGCGGAGAGCGAGCUGCGCAGAUGUUUCUGUGCUCGCUGGGCCUCAAGGUGCUACCACUGGAGAGGAGCAUCUUGGAGAACCGCCCCCUCUCCGUUCACCCCUCCCCCCAGAUCCCAGCUCUGGAUCUGGGCUACGGCUGGCUCAAGAUCCCGCCCCGGUGCAUGCUGGACCACCCCCACGCCCAACGCACGCUCCUCCACCUCAUCUCCGGCUUCGAGAACUUUGAAAAGAAGAUCAACUACACGUUUCAGAAUAAGGCCUAUCUUCUGCAGGCCUUCACCCACGCCUCCUACCAUUACAACACCAUCACAGAUUGUUACCAGCGGCUGGAGUUCCUUGGCGAUGCAAUCCUAGACUACCUCAUAACUAAGCACCUUUAUGAAGACCCGCGGCAGCACUCGCCCGGCGUGCUCACAGACCUGCGAUCGGCGCUCGUCAACAACACCAUCUUUGCCUCUCUGGCCGUGAAGUACGACUACCACAAGUACUUCAAGGCCAUCUCCCCCGAACUGUUCCACGUCAUCGAUGACUUUGUGCAGUUUCAGCUCGAGAAGAAUGAGAUGCAGGGGAUGGACUCUGAGCUGCGGCGCUCCGAGGAGGACGAGGAGAAGGAGGAGGACAUCGAGGUGCCCAAAGCGAUGGGGGACAUUUUUGAGUCUCUGGCUGGAGCUGUUUACAUGGACAGCGGCAUGUCCCUGGAGACGGUGUGGCAGGUGUAUUAUCCAAUGAUGAGGCCACUUAUAGAAAAAUUCUCUGCCAAUGUGCCACGCUCUCCCGUGAGAGAGCUGCUCGAGAUGGAGCCAGAAACUGCCAAGUUCAGCCCUGCAGAGAGGACCUACGACGGUAAAGUGCGCGUGACGGUGGAGGUCGUGGGGAAGGGCAAGUUCAAGGGAGUGGGGCGGAGCUACCGCAUCGCCAAGUCGGCCGCGGCUCGACGGGCCCUGCGCAGCCUCAAAGCCAAUCAACCUCAGGUCCAAAACAACUGAGCUACACCACAGCUCACUGCAUUAGCACCUAAGCUAACGGCGCGCUUCCUGACACGGCGCCACGCUAGCUAGCCCUGUUAGCCUUUUCGAUGGCGCAACCAAGGCAACCAGUCCGAAGAAGAGACGGGGGUAACGCAGAGACGGCUCUCACGCAGAUUUCAUCACUAUCAUCAGAUUAUUUACGUUUUUAAUUUGCGCAGACACAAUCUUUUACUUUCCUUUUCUUCGUUAAUCACGUGAGUGCUUUAUUAACGUUAGCAAAGUGUUUAAAAAAAAAUGAAUUUAAGGUCAGGUCGCUAUGUCUAUUCCGCAUUGUUUUGUCCGUGAGAUGAGGCUUAUUAUUGCUUUUUGUGUAGUAUUAGAGUGUAAAUAGUUCAAUCAAAUAGUGUAAAUCAAAAUAUGUAGGAAAAAAAGCAUAAAAAAUGUGAAAAAGACAAAAAAACAAAAACGCUAAACUCCUCAGCCUGUGCACUAGUGCCAGUCCGUUUUGAACCUGGCAUACAGAUACCACUGGAGCAACGCAAACCCUAGUGGCACCUCCUCUUCUUGAAAUGAUUUCCUGAAAUCAUUUUGCACUUAUUCCAUAUUAGGAUGUUCUUUUUGACAAUUGCGUGGUCACACUGACACCAAAAUCAUAUACGUAGCAAAGUAUAUAAAUCUAUUUAAAAAAAAGAAUUAUGAAUGAUAAUCCUGAAUAGGAAUUUUCAACAUUCCCAGUUACUGUAAUUUAGUUUUUAAAGCGCACUUGCAUGUUCUUGUAGCUAUAAUGUAAAAAAAAACACAUGACAACUGGAUGGCUUCAAUUAUAAAUGUUGAAAUCUAUGGAUAUAUCUAGACUGUGUGUGAGAAAGCGAGAUCUCUAUGGCAUUAUCUUGGUGAUUUUUGGUUUCUCGUGUUUUGAUACUAGAACGAAUGGUGACGAUAUUAUGAUUUUGUGCUUUUGUCUUUCCGGUUUUGAUAUAUAUAGAAAGACAUGACACGUUUAAAAAAAGACAAAAAACGACAAAAAAAAAUGCUGCAGACUUCUUUUUUCUACACAAUUGGACUUUUUGCAGAUGCCGCCAAUCAUUUCAAUCGCACUAGUUACUUUGCAUCUCACAUUUACCAAAGCUACCGUAUGUGACGCUCUACGAGGCGGCGGUACGAUCCUUCGAUAACACGGGGACGCCGGCCUUUUUAUGUCAUGCAAAUUUUGUUUCUUUUUUUUGCUUAUUUUUCUCAUCAGUUAAGCCCUUUUCACUAAAAUACCUCAGUUAAUUGCAUGCAUUUUCUAUCUAUAUAUUUUGUUUUGUUUGGUGCUAUGUUUUUUUUUUUGUAUUAAGCUUGAAUUUCUCAACCUUUUUGCACUGUAACUAUAAUACCUCUUUUGACUUUUUUUGGAAUCUAUUUUGGUUGUCCUGUUUGUCAGCCAUCAAAGCUGCAAAGGAGCGCUGCGUCCGUGUCUCCCCUUCCCCCUAAUCCCUCCCAUACUUGAGGUUGGUUAUACUUUGGGAGGAGUCUACCCUGCACGUAACCCUGUUUUUAUAUCAUUUGGAUAAAUCGAGGAAAAAAAACAACAAACAAACCUGUUAACGGUGAGCAAAAAGUUUGAUCAAAUGAAUGCUUGUAUAGGUAAUCGGAUUGCACUCUGAAAUUUUAAGCUACAGUUUUUUGUAUUUCAAAAAAAACUUGACGAAAAAUAUAAAAAUGUGUCUGCCUGGUCAAGUAAUCCAACCCAAAGGUGCCUCUACCUCAUGUGACCGGAGUGUUAUUAUUAUAAACUCGAUGGCAGUGGCAGGGCUGGGGACUCUAGGCUGUAGCGUCACCGACUUUAAAUACUCCGACGGUGUGCCUUUUCAGCGAGGAACUGGCUUCAGCAAAAGUGAACGAGAGUAACAGGAUCACGUGUUUAUCUGCUCAGUGUUUAAUAACGCACUAUUACGACGUUUAACUGUGACGGGAGACGUGGAACUGUUAGACUUUUAAAAUGCGUCUGACACUUUUUGUUAUUGGCAUUUUAGCUUCAAAUGUGUUCAUGUGACGUGUGUGUUUGAGGUCAUUUGAAAAUAUAAGCGAUCAAUUGUAAUAAGAGACGUUCUUGCAAGUUAUUUUUAGUGCAGUUUAUGAAUUACUGUCUAAAAUUUAUUUCAAUUUCUAAACAUGUGAAGCUACACUGGUCCCUCGUUUGUCGCAGGGGUUACGUUAAGUAGUCGUCAUUAUUUUUUACAUUUAUUUAUUUAUACACUUUAUACACUUUUCUCACACAGGCAUUAACAUUUUCUCACUUUUCGCUCUUGUUUAAUUGAUUAAUAGCGACUCACGCAUCAUUCUCUACUGUACAGGAGACGCGGCACGUAAAAAAAUCAUGCAAAAUUGCUCUUAAAAAAUCCACAAAACAGCGCAAACAAGCAAAAAACAAACAAAAGAAGCGCGAUAUAGCGAGGGACAACUGUAUAGAAUUUCUUUUAUUUAUUUCAAAACAUGACCUAUCUGCGCCCUGAUUCAUGGAUCGACUUUUACUGAAAACUAUUUUAAAGCAGAUUUAUUCUUACUAUGAAAACAUUGCACAUAUUUUCAGAAAGUCAAGUUGUUUAUGAUAUAUGAUGUUUUGGUUCAAGACGAUCGUCCCAUCAAACAGAACGAGCCUCUUAUUUGGGUUUCCAGUUUCAUUGCUGAAAUCCAGUUGUUUUAAGCCUAAAAAUGACACUUUCUGAUCUGAAGCUCCUGCAGACAAUCCUGAAUCAGUGCUAGUGCAGCCUCUGAGCUCAGUGAGUGAAUCUGGAACGUUCUGAGUCACGUGAGGCCUGUGUAAAGAGACAAACCUGUGUGUUUAAUCUGCAGGUUAAGCUCAUUCUGAUACAUACAGUAGAUUCAGCUGUGAUUGUAGUUCACUUUUUUAAACCAGAACUUUUAAGUAAACUCUUAAAUGAAAUAUUAAAUUGUCAGAUAGUGGUGCGUCACUCUUUGCUGAGCCUGGUUUCCCGCUGUUUGCCAAAAGCUUCUGUUUAAUUUCACGUGCCAUACCUGUACAUCUGGUGCACCUUUUUCCCCCUUGUGAAUUCGAUAUAUGUGAAAAAAAAAACACAAUGUGAAUCCAGCGUAGAGCUUCAGUCCCUCCCGUCACUGCCCACAAGUGCAGUCUGUCAACAGUUCUCAAGCUAGGUGUCGCCCCCUGUUGUCCACAAACACGAUGACACCACGAUAUAUAAUUUCCCCCUCAUCGCAAAACAACGGUGAACGUUUCGAGUGCAUCUGGAUUUGGACGUAGAGGGAGGGAUUACUGAGUUUAACGAAUGUGAAAUUACACAUACAGUGCCACACGUAUAAUAAUUUUGUGUCUGAUUUUAAUUAUAACAAAAACACACGUAAGCCUAAUGUGGCGUCUGUACCCAAACUUGUAUAUUUUUAAAAUCGUUUGCGAAAAGUAGUGUCAUUACAAUUAACUACUUUCAGGCAAUUUUAUUUUCAUUUUCUUUUAUUUGUACAUGUAGCACAAUUGAGCAUUGCACUUGGGCGCCAUACGUUACCUCAUGUCAAGAGUGAAAGGGAGAGGAUCGUCGGAGGAAGAGUUUUGUAAAUACAGUUUUAAGAUGCCUAUGUCUGUAGUAUUGGUCGCUGGUAUUAUUAGACAAAUGUGUUUUUCCGUGGACAGAGAAGGGCUGUGCAAGCAAACGGGACGUGCAAAUGCCUUACACACGUUAACGUUACAUCUGUGGAGCACGUUCCUGUCGUUUUGCACAGUCCUCCGUUUGAAAACUUUAGGAAGAAUCCCCAUUAGCUGCUGUUCCAACCAGAUUUAAUGAAUUUCAAGCUAAAGCUGCAUGGACGUACUCAUUACACCGUGUAUUUUUACUGCAAAUACACAUUUAAACUCGCACCGUGCAGCUUUUCUCCGCUUGUUUCGAUGCGGAUUUGCUUUGCCCGGAGUGUUCCACAGUUAUGGUGUUAGAUCUGUGGAUGGGCGAGCUUGUUCAAAGAAAGAAUUCAUGUUUUUCAAGGUAUUUUUAAGUAAGAAAAACAUUGAAGUAGAGACGAGCAGGUGGGAAAAUCCUCCUGAAAAGCUGCAUAGUGCCUCUUUAAGUCGUGUUUUAGUUGGUGCCAUGUUCAGAUUCAAUGCAAAAAACACCAAAAUGAUGCUUUAUAAAAUUAUAUAAUAUUUCUCCAGACCUCUUCCGUUUGAAGGGCAGGAUUUCACCUCUUUGACUUGUUUUUUUUUUUGUCAGAUGCCCUUCCUGACAGUCUUUUUGGAAAGAUUGUCAUGCAAAAUCCUGAAUGUUUUUGUUUAACUUGCAAAUAUCAUAGUUACUGCCCUGUUUUUUUUUAUAUUCUUUCCAAAUUUUCAUCUUUUUUUUAUUAUUCCCUGUGCGUUUGAAUGUCGUAACAGCAAAUAAUAGUGGGGAUUUUUCCUAGUUAAAAGUGUUAAACAUAACGAAUGAUUUAAGUCUGAGUUUGACGGCAUCUGGGUGAGUAAACGUUGUGAAGCCAGCAUGGAUUUAGAGCGGUGUCUGAGUGGGCGGAGCUUGUUGUUUUUCAGUCACCGAGCAGCUAAAACACCAGCAAAACGAAUGGAUCAAAAUGAACUAUCGUCAGCGGAGGGAAAAUGGGCCAUCGUAAUCUGCAGCAAAUGUUUAAGGGACAAUGUAAAAGACUCCUCACUCAUACUGUAACCGAGCUGCAGUGGUUUGCGGUCUGCACCUUAUGGAUCACAAAUACCUGUCUUUUAUUAUUAUUUUUCCCUUUUUUUCUUUUGUAAUUGUAGCCCUAUAUAUCUACAAUAAAAGUAAUGGUAUGGUCAUUA